AUGGAUGCGGAGAGACGGCCGGCCUCGGGCCCGCCCGCGCAGAGCCUGCUGGCCGACGGGCACCUGGUCCUGUGGACGCUGUGCUCGGUGCUGCUGCCCGUGUUCAUCACCUUGUGGUGCAGCCUGCAGCGCUCGCGCCGCCAGCUGCACCGCAGGGACAUCUUCCGCCAGAGCCAGCACGGGUGGCGCGACACGGACCUGUUCAGCCAGCCCACCUACUGCUGCGUGUGCGCGCAGCACAUCCUGCAGGGAGCCUUCUGCGACUGCUGCGGGCUGCGCGUCGACGAGGGCUGCCUCAAGAGAGCCGACCGACGCUUCCCGUGCAAGGAGAUCAUGCUCAAGAGCGACGUCAAGGCCCCCGACGCCAUGCCCCACCACUGGAUCCGCGGCAACGUGCCCCUGUGCACUUACUGCGCGCUCUGCAAGCAGCAGUGCGGCAGUCAGCCCAAGCUCUGCGAUUACAGGUGCAUUUGGUGUCAGAAAACAGUACAUGAUGAGUGCAUGAAAAGUAGCUUAAAGAAUGAAAAGUGUGAUUUUGGAGAAUUUAAAAACCUCAUCAUUCCACCAGGUUAUUUAACUUCCAUUAAUCAGAUGCGUAAAGACAAAAAAACAGAUUAUGAAAUGCUAGCCUCUAAGUUGGGGAAGCAUUGGACCCCGUUAAUAAUCCUGGCCAACUCUCGUAGUGGAACUAACAUGGGAGAAGGACUGCUGGGAGAAUUUAAGAUCCUCUUAAAUCCAGUCCAGGUGUUUGAUGUAACUAAAACUCCACCAAUCAAAGCCCUACAACUUUGUACUCUUCUUCCCUACUAUUCAGUUCGAGUCCUUGUGUGUGGAGGAGAUGGGACUGUGGGCUGGGUCCUGGAUGCAAUUGACGAAAUGAAGAUAAAGGGACAAGAAAAAUACAUUCCACAGGUUGCAGUCUUGCCUCUGGGAACAGGCAAUGAUCUGUCCAACACACUGGGUUGGGGUACAGGUUAUGCUGGAGAAAUCCCAGUUGCACAGGUGUUAAGAAAUGUAAUGGAAGCAGAUGGCAUCAAACUAGAUCGAUGGAAAGUGCAGGUAACAAAUAAAGGAUACUACAACUUAAGAAAACUCAAGGAAUUCACGAUGAACAACUACUUUUCUGUUGGACCCGAUGCUCUGAUGGCUCUCAAUUUUCAUGCUCAUCGUGAGAAGGCUCCAUCUCUGUUUUCUAGCAGAAUUCUUAAUAAGGCUGUUUAUUUAUUCUAUGGAACCAGAGAUUGUUUAGUACAGGAAUGUAAAGAUUUGAACAAAAAAAUUGAGCUAGAACUGGAUGGUGAGCGAGUUGAACUGCCUAACUUAGAAGGUAUUAUCGUCCUGAACAUUGGAUACUGGGGCGGUGGCUGCAGACUGUGGGAAGGGAUGGGCGAUGAGACCUACCCUCUAGCCAGGCAUGAUGACGGGUUACUAGAAGUUGUCGGGGUCUACGGUUCUUUCCACUGUGCUCAGAUUCAAGUAAAACUGGCAAACCCUUUUCGAAUAGGACAGGCGCAUACAGUGCGGCUGAUUCUGAAAUGCUCAAUGAUGCCGAUGCAGGUGGAUGGGGAGCCAUGGGCCCAAGGGCCCUGCACCGUCACCAUAACACACAAGACACAUGCCUUGAUGCUGUACUUCUCUGGAGAACAGACGGAUGAUGACAUCUCCAGUGCUUCGGAUCAAGAAGACUUAAAGGAAGCUGAGUAGAUGGGGACGCUGAAAGCAGCGUCCACACAAAGGAGUCCAUGCAUACGUGUUUGUCCACGAGGUUGCCUCUGCCACUACCCAGUCUUCAUUCCACUCACAGUGUAAUGGGUGUGUGUUUGUGCAAAUAGCAUUCCCACGCAGCCAGACUCCCAGUUGUUAUAGACACCUGUGUUCAGCAGGAUACUUUGAUCAUAUAUUACUAACUUUGAAAAGGCCACAAAAAAGUUACUCACAUGCCGGCCCUGGUGGCACGCCUUUAAUCCCAGCCAGCACUGGAGAGACAGAGGUAGGAGGAUCGUCAUGAGUUCAGUACCACCCUGCGAUUACAGAAUGAAUUCCAGGUCAGCCUGGGCUAGAGCAAGACCCUACCUCAAAAAAAAAAAAAAAAAAAAGUUACACAAAGAUGUGGCUGUAUUUUUUUGAAUGGGGUUCACUCUGAAGAAUGCACUAUCUCAUUCCUUACUUUUGAAUAACAGGUUUGAUGGACUGAUGUGGGAGAAAAAAAUCAUUUCCAUCUUAGUUUUUGAUGUGGUGGCCCUAUGCCAUUUUAAAAGUUAACCUGCCUUUGUGAACUGGAGUGAUUAACACGUGGCUUCCUCCUGCAGCGUGGCUCAAGGUUUUCUGCACUUCACAUGGAGCCCACAUCCUGAAUUCUUGCAAAGAAAGACAACACUUAACUUACAGUGUUAUAUUUUUCUACUUUAGUGUCAUUUUUUGACCUAACUCCAGGUGUUUAUGUUAAUGGCUGAAUUGAACUGAAAUGCAGAAUUUUUGUUGUUGUUGUUUCAGUUUUGUUGCAUUUUUGGUGGUGGUUGUUUUGUUACUGUUUUUUUUGUGGGGGGGAUGUGUAUUUUGGCAGGGCUGAGGCUUAGGUCCUGUGGGAGUCUAGGCACGCACUCUACCAUGGAACUAUACCCCAGGCAUUGGAUCUUUUCUCCUAUCAGAAGAGAACCAAAAAGGUGAUUUGGUGCAAAAUAACACUUAGAGCACUUAGGAUGAUAAGGGUUAGGUUCCAAGCUGAAGUCCACUGACUUCUUGUUUAAUUAAAGAGAGCAUUGACAACAGGGGAGGGGGGGUGCUUGAGAGAAGCUUACCAAGUCCAAUUAGUUGCUCAAAAAAAAGCUCAACAGUUCAAGGCUGAUUCAUGUUUCAAGGUUGAGUGGUCUUGCAGUAUUUUGAAUACAGUAGCACUUUCACAGAAUUUCCCCUUGGAGCUAUAACCUUUGCUAAGAGAAGUGAGAAAAACCUCUGCUAAGAUGUUUCUAUUGUAUUUAUUUUAAAUGAGAAAGAUCUAUAUUUUUAACUUAUUUAUUACUUUGUAGCAUGAUACUUGUGUUCAGUGUUUACACUAUUUAUACAGCUAUAUUUAGUGAGGUAAAGUGGUCACAAAUUCUGCUGGCACAGUCAGAUAAAACUUCCCACUAAAGUCCUCAUCUAAUUCUGAUAUCUAUUACUCUCCCAUUGUCAAUUUUCAGUGUUUGUGAGGGAGAGGCAUGAAAAACACUGACAAAGGACUUGGAGUAAUUGUCUCAUUGCUGUCUGUCCCUCAGUUGAGUGCUUACUGAAAGCAGUUCCAUAACUGCCCAUCGGAGGGUGCUGUUCUGCAAUUGUCAGCCAGCCUGCCCUUGGAUGGCAGUUUGGUGGUUUUCUGAGAAAUGGUUGGUUUGUGGUGGUCUUUUCAUGACAUUAAUUACCAGAAGACCAGAAUGUAUCCCCCAAAACACCAUUAACUCCCUUUUAAAGGUCUAUUACAAUUCUGUUAUCCAUGAGUUACCAUAAACUUCAUGUGAGUCACAUGUUUUAAAAGGACAACUUGGUAUGUAUGUGGGAAUGAGUACAUUGUGGCAAAUAUUUCCACUUUGCUAAAUUAAUCUCUUCCAGCUCUUCACAGGUGAUGCCAGAGUCUGGUAUUGAAAGAUUUGUUUGCACAGGUUGUUUCAGAAGCCUUUCAUACUGGAUAACCACAGCGGAGGUAGUGGGAGAGAUGUGCAGAUUUUCUUUAUGAACUUUAUCGGUUUUUGAGCAUAAUGAAGUUUAUCCUUUAAUUCAUGGUCAGAAUGGUCAUAGACAUCGCAUUUCCCAAGUGCACUGUUAAAGCCCACUUUACUGUAGGUUACACCUGUGAGUCAUAAUGCUAAUUAGUAAUGGAAAAUUCAUUUGGACUAUCAAUUAAAAUAACUAUUUUUUAAUUGCUUAAACUACUAUAACCAUAAUAUUACACUGGAUUUAGAGCAGGUUUGUGUCCAAUGUCUCAUGUAUUUAACCAUUUUUCAACUGUAAUCUGCCGAGGACUUUUUUCCUGCUGACCUUCAUGAACUUUCUUCUGCCUUCCUCACUCGGCCCUUAGUAACUUCAAGAACACUAUGACAUAUGACAUGAGUUUGUCAUGGUAAAAUUCACUUACCAUUUUAGACACUAGUUCACCCAGCACAUCAGAUAAAUGUACAGGCAUGUGCCUUGUUUAGAUAGACUCUGUAAGAUCUCAUGCUUGCAAAUUAGAUAUUAGGAUAGUGAUAGCUUGUAUUACCGAGGAUUCUGUACUUUACAAAAUAGCUCACCAUAAGAUUUUUCUGUUCCGCAUAUAAUUGUCCUGCUGUUAAAAUAACACACGUUCUCAGGAAGAAGUAUAUGAAGUAAAUCAUAUUUCCUCAUCUGCGUUCACAUUUCUCAUCUUUGUCUGCCCUCCUGGCUUCUGGGCCCUUGUCGGUGUGGUGACGUGCCCACUGCCUGCAGGGACAGCUCUUGGGGACCUCAGGCAGAUGAUGGUCUUCAGUGCUUUGUCUGCCUAGUAGAGGUCAAGGAUUCUUGUCUAAAAAAAGACGGCAGCAUUUAAAUGCUUUCAGUGUUCCUUAGCUAGCUGUGAAACUAUAAGUAGAUAAUAUUUAUAAAAGUUUUAUAGCCAAAACUAUUUAUUUUUAUUUUUAUGGUGUGUGAAAAUCAAAGUAUUUGCUUUUUGAAGUACAUUUACACACUUAGUUGUGACAUCUACUGUGACUCAGAAACUGCAGUCAGUUUUGUGCUAUAAAAAUGAGUACUACUACCAGCAUGUCAAAAGAAAAAUAAUUUGCCUUUGUAAUAUAAAGUAAAAUUGUUUCUAACAUA